AUGGUCCAUCUUCCAUAUGAAAUUCUUCAAGAAAUUUUCAAGUAUCUCGAAUAUCAUGUAAGUUGACAUUGUGAAAAACAUAAUUUAUAGGAAAUAUUUUCAGGAACUACGAGCGUGUACUCAAGUUUCACAACAUUGGAGAUAUGCUUGUAUUGAUGAUUGGGUUUGGAAAUCAUAUUUUGAAAAAUAUUAUCUAUGGUUUGAUGAUCCUUUAAUGGUAAAUACUGUAAUAAAUAGUAUAAUUUUUAAUAUAAAUAUGUUUUUUCAGGUAGCAGAAAGUUAUUUCGAUGAAUUUUGUUAUUUCAAAGACAAGAUACCAAAGCGAUUGACAUCUACAAUUGAUGAUUUCGAAUAUCCAACAAAGUUUUGUGUUUUUUCGAAUGAUGGGAAAUAUUUUCUGGUAACAGGAGAGAAUGCACAUUUUUGUGUGAGCAGAGAAAAUAUAUUUUAUUUCAAUUUUAGAAAAAAAAUUUAUAGCUUUAUCGAAAUGAGCCAUUGGAAUUUUUGCACGAAAGAACUGUUGAGAAAACACUUCACUGGAUUGAUAUUAGAAAUGCUUCAUUUUCACCGAGUGGUCAGAAGGUUUGUCUAAUUAGAAAUUAUUAUUAGAAUUUAAAAAAAAUUCAAAAAACCAAAUGUCAUUAACUUCCAAACCACCUUCAAAAUUACGAAAAAAAAACAAAAAUUUUCAGAUUUUGUUGAAUGGUGAAAAAUACGAUGGAAGUGGAGAAGUCGCAAUAUUUUCCAUAGGUAAGUCUCACUUCCAACAAAAAAAAUUAUUUUUUUUUUCUGCAGACGAUAAAGAUGAGGUUCAUUUUGUAAGUAGAGUUCCAUCAAAUCCAGUUUCUUUCGAUGCUUGUUGGUAUGAUGAAAAACAUAUUCUUGUUGGUGAAAUUCAUCGCUUCAAUUUCAAGUGAGUUCAAAAUUUGAAACGAAAAUUCCAUUAUUUUUCUCUAGUUCACCCCUUGGAUCAUCGAUUUCUCAAAUCUGGCUAUGUUCUGUGGAAAGAAUCACUUCAGAAUCUUUGUUGAUUCCGAUUGUCAGGUAAGCUUUUUUUUAUGUGGACUGGAAAAAAAACGAUUUUCAGAUUUUUGAAUAAAUCUGGAAUAGUUUGCAUGCCAUUGGUCACAAAUCGAGUGUCACCAAGAUUCCGACGAAUUGUACAAUUAUCAGAACAAGCAAAACAGGAAGGCAAGGUGAGCUCUGUUUAAUUAAUCACUGCUCAAAACAUCAAAAGAAAAUUAAACUGAUAACAUUUCAACAAAAAAGAAGAAAAGAAAUGAAAUUUUUGGACUUGAAAGAAAGCAAUAACUUUUUUUUGAUCGUGUUAUGUACAAUGUUUUACAGUCUCUUCGUGAUAAGGUUGAUGAGCUGCAAUUAAAUGCAAAUAUCGAUGAUGGUGACGUCACUGAAUUGAAGCAAAUUCUUGACAAAGAGCAGGAGUGUUAUCAUUGUUAUUUGAAACAUAUUUUGACUGAGGAAGAGUACGGUGGAAAAAUAUGUAGGUUUUUUUAAUGAACUUUUUGAGAUUAAGGACUACCGAGAUAUUUAGAGAAAAAUCUUUUUGAUCUACUUUAUAAAGCUCAAUCAAACCUUUUUCUAGGUAGAUCAAAAACAUUUUCUGAAAAUCUUCUAUCUUUCGGGCCAGCCUGAAGAAGCUUUUUUCAAUGUUUCCCAUUUCUCUGACCAAAACACAACCCAAAAAAUAUUUUCCUCAUUCAGCGUGUCAAUGUGUUUGUCAUUGUGAGUCACAAAAGUUAUUGAUAUAUGUUUGCGAAAAAUAUGCCAAUCGUGUAUGCUUCAAAGUCAUCGACCAAAAAUUGUUAACCGAUGCCUUAUCUAUGAAUAGAUAUGGAGGCGAAAAACGAAAUAAUGAAAAUGAGUAAGUUUUUUUUUGGUUUCCGAGGGAGUGUGAAAUUUGGGCAAUCUAAAGAAGCUUAUGAACUUCUUUAAGGUGCGGUUUAAACGUGUCGCGGAAUUUUGUGUUAUGAUUUGAGGGGAAAAAGUUCUUGAUUUUUUCAGGGAACGUGAAGAAGAAGGCGAAGAAGAACAAGAACAAGAAAGUGUGGAAAAUCUGAUGAAACAAUUUGAUUUUCAAGAUUAUCAUAUCGAUUUUUCCGGACAAAUUGAUUUCAUUUCCUUGGCUCCAAAUCAGAAGUAUGAGUUUGGGCUAGAAAACAAGAUUUCAAUCGAAAACAAAUUUUUAUGACUUUGAGGUCAAAAAUAACAUAACAACUUGAGAACUACUUUCAGACUAUUGAAAAUACAAAAAAUUAUGUACUAAAAUUUAAUAAUGAGAAAAACAAUUAUUAUAAACAUUGUGCAAAAUUGGGACCUCUGAAAAUUUUAUUUUUUUCCAGAACUUUAUACGUCAGUUUGGAGAAUGUAGAUUUGAACCAUGAAAAUGAGCAAACAGGAAUAUCUGUAGGUGUUUUUGUCUUUUCCUUUUUCUGAAAAAAAAAAUUUUUCAGCAUGAGAUUAAAAUUGUGGACCUUGAAAAAAUGAUUAUUGAUCCAAUCGGAAUUCGAGGAAGAAUGAAACCAUUGCAACGACAUUAUGUCACAACAAAUAAUAAUUUGAUUGCCAGGUAUUUUUCCUCCCAAGUUCCAUUCAAAUAUAACAAAUAAUUUGUAGCUUCACAUCAAACAAAUUCCAUAUCUGGUCAAAAGGGCACCGCGGUCCGACACUUUCCUCAAUUCAAACACCCUCUUCUAUUAUGUGCACUGCUUUACACCCCAAUACAAAUACACUUUUGGUGACGUCUGGCACAAAAGUUGACAUUUAUACGCCAUAA